AUGCAAAACUUGUUUGACGAUCUUGAAGAUGACUGUCCGUGGUAUUACUUCGAUAGUUCUUACAAACUGCUUCUGGGAGCUUGCCUUUUCAUAUUCGGUGUGUUCGGGGUGCUGCUCAACGGUUGGCUUUUUGCCACAUUCAUCCACAGUCACCUGCUUGUGUAUAGAAGUCAUAUUCUGGUACUUAAUUUGUGCACAGCGUCACUUGGUCGAAAUCUCGUUGGAUUUCCAUUUGCUGGAUCAUCAGCGAUAGCAAAAAGAUGGCUAUUUGGUCCAUCGUGCUGUCAACUAUUUGCAUUUCUGAAUCAAUUUUUUGGUGUCUUUCAAAUGAGCGCAUUACUUGUGGCAGUUUUCGAGCGGUAUUUACUAGCAAAGUUCUACAGGCGUGAGAGAUCACUAUAUGCACGAUUUUAUUGGUCAUUAGUGGGCGUCAGUUGGUGUAACUCAGUUAUAUUUGCAACUCCUCCUUUAUUUGGAUAUGGAAAAUACUCUUGUGAUGCUAGUGGAACCACUUGCACUUUUCUCUUCCCAUCAUCGUCUUCUGGAGCUAAACAUAUAGGAUACAGCAUACCUUAUAUACUCAUAUGUGGUGUUGUGCCUGUCAUUGCUAUAUUUUGGUACAUGGGGAAGACUGUGCGAUUAGAAAGGAUAUUCUACAAAGGAGAACAGCAGAAGGAACAAACACGAUUAACGCAGAGUCUUCAUGCUAUUUCUGUGGUUACCCUGGCGUUGUGGAUCCCCGCAGCCAUCUUGGUUGGCUGGCAGUGGUUACCGUUACUUAUAUACGGUUACAGACCACACGUCCCACCAGCCUUAGUUUUGAUUGCAUCCAUUUCUUCAGAGGCCGCAACAAGUGUACCAGUCCUAUGUUUUCUUGCCGGAGACGAAAGAAUUCGCGCUGCACUCCUUGGGCGCAUGCGCAAACAUUACGCCCUUCUGCAACCAGAACGAGCCAAGCGGUAUAACAGAGCAUAG